UUCCAACUCCACUCCUCCAAGAGCCUCCUACAGGCCUCGCCAGCCCCGCCCCGGCCGCUCUAGCCUUCGCUCUUCUCGCUGGUGGCUGUGGCCAGGGCUCGCCUGGGCCACCAGAGGCCGGCCUCCUCGAGGAGGCGGGGCCGACGGUGGUGGGCAGGUUCAGGCCUCAAGCUUCGUGCCACCGGGAACUGCGCAACCCCCAGCCUGCGGAGGCAGGUGCCAUCUCUCAUUCCCGAGCGAGGCACGGAGGACGGUUUCUCGCAGAGCGGUGGGAUCGGGCCCUGCGCACCCACGUCGCUUAGCAGAGCGUCCCAGCGCUCUGCUUGGGCUCACAUCCGCCCAGCCAUAUCCCAAGUCGCGUUCCCCUCACUCCUUUUCCCCUCCCCCUCCCUUCGAAUUAGUUCUUCUUCCCUACAGGUGUGUCCAGUGGCCUCAAAGCUCCAGAAAGUUUUGGACUGAACCUAUUCCAACGUCUUCUUAUGGGUCCUUAGAACCUUGGAUUCCUGGAGAACUGCCCUUAGGGUCCCAGGUCGCUGGCUUCUGUGCAUUCUUCUCUUCAAAGUUGAAGAUACCCUUCCUGUCUCCUCAGACUACUGCCCAAGGUGCCAUGGCCCCAAAGCCGGGGGAUGAGUGGAGCAUGGUUCUGUCCCAUCUGGUGCUGGGAGUGGUGUCUCUGCACGCAGCAGUGAACUCUGCACAGUCAACUCGAGGGGCUGCUGCUGGCUUCCUGCUCCAGGCAUUGGCUGCUGCCACCAUGCUGGCCCCAGGGCUGGGCACACUUGAAGACUGUCUUGCUGGAGACUGGGUGGCCACAGUCAUCGGCCUGCCCCUUCUGGCCUUUGAUUUCCACUGGGUUCAUGGGGACCGGUCCUCUGCCAACCUGCUACUGGGAGGAGGCAUGGUUCUGGCAGUGGCUGGUGGCCACCUGGGCCGUGAAGGCUGCUCUGUGGCUGGUCAGGCAGUACUGCUGGUGGUUGCAGUGACCAUCCUCAUUGUGGCAGUUUUCACAGCCAACACUUAUGGGAUGUGGGGAGGUGCAAUGCUGGGUGUGGCAGGUCUUCUGAGCCGGCUGGAAGAAGAUAGGCUGCUGCUGCUGCCGAAGGAGGACGUCUGUCGCUGGGUCCUGGCUGCGGGCAGUUGGGCCUACUGCCGGGCCCUGCACACACAACGCCUGCAGUGGGAAUGACAGUUGGAUACAGCAAGGCAAGGCUCCUGCCCUAGCUACCACUUCUCCAUUGGCCUGCUUCUCUCCUAGGGAUAAGCUUCCCUUCCUCCUGAAGUGGGUUCGCUGCAGGUUAAUUGAUUAGGGGCAGACCCUGAGUGCUGUCCCUUCUCUGGUUAUAUGUAGGUACUUGC